UGGUGCGGCUCACGGAUUGCUCUUGGGUUGGGCUCAGGGACGGCCCGUGCGAAGUUCCUGUGCUUGCAGCAUUGCCCUCUUCUCCUCUCUUGCCGACUUUCGGCGUCCCCUCCAGGCCAGUCGAGGGCGCGGCGGACUUCGCUCGGGGGGAACGAUCCAGGAUGCGGAGCAGAAAAUGGUGGAUGCGUCGCCGCCAAGGCGGAGGAAGAGAAGAGGACGGUGACGGAGAUGACCGAUUCUCCCUCCCCACCCGUGAUGAUUUCCAGCCCAUCGACACCCAAGAACAAGAGGAGAUGGUCCACUCUUUUGAGAGGAAGCACGUUCAGCAGAGUCUUAUUUGGAGGCGCAUUUUUGCCGGUUUUCUUGUUGGCUAUGCUGCGUUUUUGAUCUAUUCCCUCUUCCACCAAGCUUGGUUUCCCUGGGAACUGCGCUAUCAUGCUUACUUCAUGGAUGAGAUGCCCACAUGGAUGGUCAUAUUUGCAGACUGGGUUGCUGUGCUAGCUUGUUUUUUUACAGUCAAGGGGCUACUCCGUAGUUCAAGCUCAUAUAAACAGUGGAUGUGGUAUUCAUGCUAUACUGGCUCAUUCCUGGCCAUCUUUUGGCUGUAUUACAUGUGGAGGUUACCAAAAUUCCGGUGGGAUAUAAUUUGGCUUCCUUUUGGCCCUUUAAGUGGUGCUGGGAUCUGCCUCUAUGUAGACCAUCUGCUGAUGGAGUCAGUGGAAGAUAUUAGAAAGUUGCGCAGCUACAUGUAUAACUAUAAGGCCUUAUGAUUUACAUGUAUCCGUUUUUAGGUAGUCUUCCAGCAAAUUCCUUCUGUAUACAAGAAUUUGCUAUUGUAAAAAGGAGAAAAAUGAAAAAGGAGUAAGAAACCACGCAGGAAAGAGAGAGACAUGCAUCCACUUCUUAGCCAGUCCUCUUCCUGCAUUUGGUUUUCCUGAAACUUGGUUUCCGGAUGCCAUUUUAUAGUUCCAGAUAGCAGCUAUUACCUCUCUGCAUUACAGUGUGGCUGUUUAUGAGUUAAUGUGGAACAUGGUUCUCAUCCAUGAUGACCAAUUUGCAUACUUCAGAAGCCUAAUUCAGUUCAUCCAUUCCGGCAAAGCUC